AUGAAUUUAGAUAGGCAAUGUAGUUGGUCUGAUCUACCAAUUGACAUCAUAGCUUCAAUUAUCGAACUUCUAAAAGCUCGAAUCGACAUUAUUCGUGUCGGAAGCGUUUGUCAAUCAUGGCGAAACUCAGUAGCCUAUUAUCGUAGCAGUGCGAAGGGUAAUGUUAUUAGCCCUCUCGAGCUCCCUGUCCAUGAUUCUCUUCAAAAAUACUGUAAUUAUGGAAUCAAGAUUCCUAAAUUCUUGAACUUUUACGUAACGAUUACCUAUAUUGUUAAACCAACUUGUAAAGGUACUAAAAGUUUCUUGGUUGAAGUUGAUCAUCAUCACUUAGGGCAACACAAAGCACGCCUUUUACGCCGCGUCAGGCGAAAGUUCAAGAAGGAUAUUAUUUUUCAUCGUAAUGAGGUGGUUGAUUCAAGAAAUUAUCAUGUAUCGGAAGUAUGCAAAAGACACACACUCAAACAUUUUUCUGAUCGGAGUUCUGAAAGAAUGACUAGUUUGUUCCAGAAAGUGAUUGUUUAUCCGGAUAACGAUCGGACUAGUAAAGAAGACUGUGUGGUGUUUGCAAUCACAGAAGGAUAUUUGAUUUACUGUAAAUUUGGAGAUUGGGAUUGGAAGAAGAUGAACGGAAAAAGUUGGGAGUUCGAAGAUAUAAUUGUUUAUAACGGGCGAGUGUAUGCUGUUGAUUUCCAGAGUCGUCUUUGGGUUAUUUGUUUUUCAUCAUCAUCAGAUUAUUUUAUGAACUCUGUAUGUGAUCAGUUAAUCGGUGAGCGUUUACAGAGGAAUUAUUUGGUGGAGUCUUGUGGAGAUCUUUAUCUAUUGGUAUCAACGGUUUUUCAUCAAGAAAUCAAAAUUUAUAAACUGAAAGAUUAUAAAUAUUGGGAUUUAGUACCAAGCAUUAAUGAUCGGAUUUUUUUCAUUGAUGAUCCCGAUAAUUCUCCGUAUAGUUCUUCAUUCUCGAUUUCAACCAAAUAUUAUCCGAAUCUAAAUAGAAGUGUAUAUUGCACUCGAACAUAG